CCAUUUUUAUUUUUUCAGAUAGUUUUCUGGACGGGCAGUGAAUGAUAUAAAAUCAAAAGAAGUGCAGCAUCAUUUAAAUGUCUGAACUGAAAACUGUUCUGUACUUCUCAUCUCCCAUAAAAAUUAGUCAGUGGCAUAUGUAUAUAUAUGUAACGAUGUGUAAUAAGUGAAAUUUGGCGUAAUAUUGGCGUUGAUCUACGCCGGUUAACGUGCCCUGUACCAAGGGACAUCUCACCCUCCCCGGUGCAGAUAAGACAUGAGAGUGGAUGAGUGUCGUGACCAUACUGAAACUUUCUUAAAACUAAGAGUGAGAAAUCAGGAAUAAAGAGUGAACCGGUUAAGAGUGACGUAAAGACACAGGAAGAGAACCGGUGUGUGUAUCUUUCAAUAACAGUUUGUGCAGAGGAAAUGAACAGUCUAGAGGCUCGCUUUAAUCUUAUUUAAGUAUAUACAUGGAGAUUUCAAAGAAAAUUUGCAUGGUCGAGUAAGAAAUGGAAAGUUUUAUAUUUUGGUUUAUUACGUUCUUAAUAACAAAAUUAACCAAGAAAGCAUAAACAUAUGUAUAACAAAAGACCAAGUAAAAGGUCAAAAAAAUAUUUAAUGUAGAAGCAGAUGCCUCAUCAUCAAGGCUGUCUUCUAAGUUAAGAAAUCCCCUUACUAAGUUAAAAUGGAGAGACCUAAUUAAGCAAGUCAGGAUUGUAUUUCAGACAAGUGAUUCAAGGAAAUCUGAGGUAAACUAGAAAGUACCUAAAAUUGGUCAUUGACGUGACCGCUCCAGUGCCUAAGUAUAUAUUGGAAAAAGUGUCCUAAUCAAUAACAAGAGCCUCAGCUAACGGUUCGUUGGGAAAUGCCUGAGGAAGAGCUCUGCUUGGAAGUAUCUAAGCCAUCUGUAGGCUUGGACGUGGAGAAGCCAGUACCAGGCUUGGAAGAAUCAGUCGUAGGCUAGGAACAGCACGGUGUGAUGGUGCCUUCGUCUCACUAUUAUCACUGGCCUCGUCUACGUCAUCAUAUGGACACAACCUGCUGCUGCAGUUGAUGUUUGAUGAUCUUUCUUGUGUGUGUACCCUAUCCCUACUUAUACCGCACUAUUUGAUCUUUCCUUUCACUUUGUAACAUUAAGGUUUUUCACCUCGUCUUGCCAGCCGUCCCUGCACUCAUUACAUAUUUUACAAAUUCACUCAACGUCUUUCGCAAUCACUACACUCUUUGACAGUCUUAACACCUAGACAAUCAAGUCAAGGGGAUAAUUCUGAGUGGGCUUCCAUCACAAGCACAAACAUAUCGAAAUCCUUCCCAUGGCGACCCAAGAUUCAUUAUUUGCUCAUAACACUCCCUUCCUUACCCGUCCUAACACAAAGUAUACAAUUUAAAAUCUCAAAUGUUUAAGAUAUUCACACAUUCUCUUGUUAAUGUUCUGUGAGGUCAUUCACCUGCUUACUCAACCUCGCACUCAUUUGCACUGUACAAAAUUUUAUUCUCAGUUCACUCUGCAUUCAGUACCCUUGUUCCUAUUUUUUGUUCUACUAUUCAUUAUAUACCGUUAUUUCUUUUAGUACCUAUUGCUGCAUGUUUAUCGUUUUUUGCAUGAUAUUCAUUUCCAGCUGUCGUAGUUUAAAUUAAUUAUUUUAAUUUCCCUUCACAAGUUUUGUUAAUUGGUUUUUGCCUAUUAGCUGGUCAGCAAGAUCCCAGCUACUGUUGCAAAAUUAUUAAAAGUACUGUGCUCCACCACAUGCCCUCGUGUGUAAUUGGAAGUACACAGUACAUCCAACAAUAGAACAAGAACUAUCGAAAAAACAGCAGCCAGCGAACUCAGCAGGAACAUCAAGAAUAAAGUGGCAUCGACGGGGGCAGUAGCAUCACCGCCAUCAUCAAUAGAAGCUUGGGUAUCAUCUUUGAGGAUCAGGUGGCAGUGGUUGUGGUGGUGGUGCGAGGGUGAUGGUGCGAGAGGUGUCACUGAGGCUGAUCCUGGCGGUGCUAGCGUUGCCCUCCCUUAUAUGCUAUCUCCUGCUCAUUGAUACCACCACCGUCCGAUACCACCCACUACCAACAGAGCACGCAUCACAAUCUCCUCCCACGGUUGGUUCCUGCCUUUCUUGUGGUCUCGACUUCGCUGUGGUGAGUGACGUUCCUGUAGAAGACCCAGAAGACUUUUGGUGGGCUGACUGGGAUGAGGUUCAGAGGAGCAGACGGGCAGCUUUGCACUUCGCAUGUUUCCAUGUCAAGAAUACUAAAGUCAGGUCGUUCACCAAGCUUCUAAGUGCCCGCAAAUACCUCUACAACCUGCUCUUGGAUGAAAGGCACAAAGCUAUUUAUUGUUAUGUUCCCAAGGUUGCCUGCACAAACUGGAAGCGAAUGAUGAUGAUCUUGUCAGGACGGACCAACAAAACCAACCCACUCAACAUUAGUUCGCAUGUUCCACAUGAAGAGGGUGUUUUAACCAGGCUGUCAGGAACACGCAUGAAGUCUUCACAUCUAAACUACAAGCUGAGAACCUACACAAAGUUUCUCUUUGUACGGCAUCCAAUGGAGCGAUUAGUGUCUGCUUAUAGAAAUAAGUUGGUUAUAAACUCCACCUCUGCUGCAGAUUUCAAGAGAAGGUAUGGUGUGACAAUCAUGAGGAAAUAUCGUAAGGGAGUAAACGCCCUAAAUGUCACUAAAAAUGGUCACGGUGUAACAUUUGCAGAAUUUGUAUCCUAUUUAAUAGAUACACGGCAGGAUAGUUUUCAGAGUUUAAAUGAGCACUGGGCACCGUACGUUGAUCUGUGUCAUCCUUGUACUAUUAGAUAUAACAUCAUUGGUAAGUAUGAAACACUGGAGGAAGAUUCCGAGUACAUCUUGAGGAAAAUUGGCGCUCCUCGAGAUUUACACUUCCCGCCUGUAGUAGCAUCACGCACUGCAUCCUUAGUGGCUCAGCAUAUGGCUUCCCUCACACGCGAACUCAGUCAGAAACUCUAUGAACUAUAUAAACACGACUUCAAGCUCUUUGAGUACGAUUAUUCAAACUUUUAACAUUAGAUUGUUGAGUUGUCAAAAAUCCCAUGCAAUGAAGAUGAAAUUUUAGACAUAGUUUCCUUAAUACUGUUGUUGAUAAUAUUGUUAUUGGUUGUGGAUGAUUGGAAACAGCAUUUUAUAAAUGUAAAACUUAAAGUGAUAUUUCUCUUCGAUAAUAAUAACAUAUACAUAUUUAUACAGUAUUUUUAAAGAUCAGUUGUUUUUAAAUAAGCAAAGCAAAUGUAAAAUUUAAUGUCUCACUCAUUAGAGUAAAUUUGCUGGCAUGAUAAAAUCAAAAUAUCUAGUGAAGUGGCAUUGAUUUCAUCUCAUUAGAAAAAAUAUCCAAUGUUACCUGGUACAGUAUUAAAAUAAGAUUAACCCUUAAAUGGUCCAAACGUAUAUAUACGUUUUUUCAACAUUUGAAAGUAUGUAAAAAAAUGUAGAUCUUCUUUCUUGUUUUACAUUUAAAAAUGUGCAAAAAAAACUUUUAUCUACAUUUUUUUUUUAUUUUUGAAAAUAUGUAAAAAAAACGUAGAUCUACUUUUGGAGCACUACGGAUUUGAACGUCGAUUUGUUUGGACCGUUUAAGGGUUAAAGGAGUUAGAGAAAUUGUGAGACUAUUCACUCCUAACAAUUCUUUCUUUUGAAGAGGCAUCUGAGAUUGACAAUCACAUCACAACAGGCAGUGCACUAUUUCAGGACUGAAUGCUGCGAUUAUUAAAAUUGUUACAUCAUCCAUUAUAUAGCACAUUGUUCAGUAAUGUCUGAUAAGCAUGAAAGUAAAGUGAGACCACAUUGUCUGAACUUGUCUGUUGCUGGGAAUUUACAGAGAUUUUUUUCAGUUUUGGUAGCUAAAUUAGAUUUUAUUUGUGUUGUAAAGAACAGGUGGCAAUAAUAAAUUUUUAAUAAGUGAUAUAAAAAUCCAUAACCAGUUAUCACAUAUUCUCGGUCCUAUCUUAAGAGGGAAAGGGGAAUAUUUUCAGUUAAAUUUUUUAACCAUGACUUUUUCCAUAAUGUUGAGCUGUAAGUAUGUAAAGUAGUAAUAUGAAUAUUAAUACAGUCCACAGAAGAUGUAUAAAAUUGUGGCAUUUAUUUUUUUCUACUUUUCUCAAAAUCUGAAUACAUACAUUAACAUCAGAUAAUAAUCAAAGAUAUGAAAUUCUGCUGUAGUACUUCAUAUUGAAAUGCCUAAGCCUUUCUUGAUUACAGAAUUCUGUAUUCUAUUUUAAGUCUUAUAAAUUUACCUAGAAAAUAGGAAAGUGUCAUUCUGUUCAAACCUUAGGAAAGAACAAAUAAUAAAUAGAAAAUUGGGUAAAAUAAUACAGAAUGAAUUAAUAUUGCUGUACCUGUCCAAAAAGCUAUGUAACCUGACUCAACAUUUUCAACUCGCCUCAGUGACAACACUUACUAUAGUAGUCCUGCAUUUCAUUAACAACUGAUGCAUUGUAAGAUUAGUUAUAUUUACUGGACACUCAAAGAAUAACUUGUGAUGGUGAUCUCCUUAUAUUUGUAAAUUAGAGCAAAUGAAAGAUCAAACUACAGUACCAUGUAACUUGGAAUUUAUUCUAGCAGGUGGAUGAACAAGGAAAGUAGCUUAUCAUUAUGAAUAUUAAUCAUACUGAAAUAUCAUAAUCCUUGCUGUAAUAUGUCAAUUAUCUCUACAGAGAAUAGUUUGAAACCCUCACAGACAUGUAUAUUCCUUUCUAUAUUAGGCACACUAUUAUUCAUGAAGAUAUGAUUUCUAAAAUGAGAGGGGAUUUUUGAGCUGUAUUGAAGGAUAAAACAAGUGUUAGAUGUCAGAUUUUCAAUUUGCAAAUAAAAUCAGUAAUGCAACCUGGUUGAUACUGUACAACAUUUGAUUUUUAUCACAAGGAAUGGAAUAUUUCUCGUGAUAUAUGACCCACUCAGUGGAGCUUUUGGUCAUUUGAUUGAGACCUCAUGGCUUGCCAGUGAAUCAACUUUUGAGAUAUCAGAUAUUGAUAGAAUUUGCUUAUGUAUCCAAUUCUAACUCAGUUUUAAUGAUAUCUGAUGCUGAUUCAAUGUAUUUUGCCUGCUGUGAUACUGUCUUUGUGCUGUAAAAUUUUUUGGUAAAUUUUUUAAUUUUUACUCAGACCUAAGAAUUUGUGAAAUUAAUCAGAUAUACAGUAGUUCAGCUAAACAUCAGAUUGUUUAGAAGUUUUGAUAUUUUUAUUAUAUGUCCCAUACCCAUUUUGUGGGUAGUAACCAAACUACAUUACAUCUACUGUUCGUGUAGAGCCCUACAGCCUGGUGUCUGAAGGAAAUAUGGGCCAAAUCUGGGCAGAAUAGAAAAUGAGACAAGCAUUCCUAAACUUGAAGGUAGACCUGCUUAAUUCCUGGUAGAGUCAGUAACUGGCCUCCUCUCAUGGCCACAAAAAAUAUCCAUUGAGCUGCAAGAUAAUGCUGACAUGUGGCAUUCUAACCAUUGGUGGAACAAGAAGACAAGAAAGCAUAAGGACAAAUGUCCCAAAAUAAUUAGGGAGAAUUUGUUACCGAUGCAUAGGGCAGAGCAAAAUAUCAAGGUUGGAGUCAAUCUGUUGUUUGGGUGAAUUACUUUAAUAUCCAUUUUAACUGUAAAACUCUGUAAUAAGUGCAUCUGCAUUUUCCUAUUAAUAUGUAAUUUAUGCAUAUAAAUACUGUACUUGGUAACUGGAAAAUAUAAUUAUAUGAGGAUUUAAAUGAAAUAGAAACUUGUAUUGUUUUUAAGAAUUGUUCAUAUAUUUAUAAAAAAGAAUUGAAAAGAUGUUGCUAAGAUAACACAUUUGUUGACCCAUAGUGGUACAAAACACACAUACGGGUUCAGAAUAUUUGUACUUUUAUGUAAAAUUUUGGUGUACUGUCGUAAUCAUGUGUGCCAGUAAAUUAUGGCUAUGCUUGUUCUUUCUCAUAAGAACUUGCAUUUUAAUAACUUACCUGUAAGUGGUGUUGCAUGAUUUUCAGAAGCUAUCUUACCUAUUAAAAGUUCUUUAUUAACAACAUAAGCAUAUGGUCCUAUAAUCUUCCAGUAGAUGCACAUAAAAAUUCAUUACUUUAUUUGAGCCCUUGAUAAGACUAUCUUUCACUAAUGCUGUGUAACUCUUGAGUAUCGUAAAAAUAACCGUAGUUAAUAUACAGUGACUACAUAAAUUAUAAAUUGGUUAUCAUGACACCUUCAUUCAUAAUAUUUUCUUUAGUCAAUACAUUGUAGAAUGCCAAUGAUGGUAUCACUUAUUGUGGUGCUGCGAUACUGGUGAAUCUCAUCAACACAAAGAUUUUUCCAUGUGUAGCACAGAAAAUUGCUAAUUCCAAGGCAGCUUAGAUUAUUAUUAUAAUCAAAAAGAAGCGCUAAGCCACAAGGGCUAUACAGCAAGGCAGCUUAGAAAUUUUCCCAUUCAUUACAUCUUAUCUUAAGAGUUCAUAUAGUACUGCUCGUUAACAAGGUUAUUAAUAUAUUAAU